CUGAAUUCUUGGAAGUAGCAGUAGAGAAGUGAAAGUGAAAGGUGCAAUAGUCACAAUGGGAGUCCCAGAGCACCAUUAACAGAGAAGCUGAGCAUUAUCAGUAACUACAGCAACAGCUAAAGCUGCCUCUCUGCCCUACAUACCCAGCAACUCUCCCAAGUAUAGAAGCCAGCCUAACAUGUCGCAUCAGCAAAUCGGAAUCCUGGGGAAGGAGGAUUAUGUGGAACCAGUGCUGGGAACUAAGCUGCUCCCGAAAAUACCCUCAGUCAACAAAUAUGAGAGCAGGGGACCUCCAGAUCCAAGGGAUAUUGACAUGCAAAGUAAAUCCAAAAGGUACCUGAGCUUUAAGGAUGUGUUUGGUAUGUUUUAUAGGCUCCAUAUUUCAUCGGUGGCAAAAAAGCUGGCCAAUGCAGGUUUCUACUAUGUGGGCCCCAGUGACCGUGUGCGGUGUUUUUCGUGUGGGGGUCAGUUCGAGAUGUGGGAGCAAUGGGAUUUUCCUCUCACCCGUCACCAACAAACCUUCCCUGAAUGCCCCUAUCUGCAGGAGCUGAAAGCCAAGGGGGAAUGGAAAGUUUGUCACUACGAGCCAGGCCUGGGCUCCAACGUAUUAAUGGAGAAACCCCUUGGGGACCUGAGUGAUGAGCGUCGCAGGUUGGAGACUUUCCGGGGGCACAGUGGACUUUUCCCAUAUAACAGGCAGCUGAUAAUGAUGGUCCUGGCAGGAUUCUGUUAUGUGGGACCUGGGGACCUAGUAAAAUGCUUCAUUUGUGGGGGGGAAUUAGAUAAGUGGGAGAGCUGGGAUGUGCCCCUCACCCGACACCAACACUCAUUCCCUGGCUGCCUCUAUGUGCAAAAGCUAGCAGCUGAAGGGGUUGGGAUACAGAAUCAGAAACAGAGCCAUACGGGGUUUAGUAAAGAGAAAUGUUUGACAACUGAGCCCCCCAACAUUCUGGGGAAGAAAUCCCAUGAUGAUAUGAGCAAUGUGUAUAGCAGGGCAGAUACUUACUGGGGGCACCAUAAACAUUUCCCCUAUAUGAAAGAGUGGGACUUGGCCCAGGCAGGGUUCUACUAUGUGGGACCUGGGGACCGAGUACGGUGCAUCUCCUGCAAUGCUGAACUGGAGAAGUGGGAAAAGUGGGAUGAGCCCCUCACCCGGCACCAACACUCCUUCCCUGAUUGUGCCUAUGUGCAGGAACAGAGGGCCCAGACCACUGGCACACAAGAUCAGUCCCAGGUGUGCCCAAUGCCAAUUAAAGAAGGGGAAAGUGGGAUACCAGCACGCUAUAGUGGCUCCCACAACCCAGGGGAGAAACCCCUGGGGGAUAUGAAUAAUGAGUAUAGUAGGUUAGAGACCUACAGGGGGCACAGUCAGUAUUUCCCUAUGGCAAACCAGAGGAGGUUGGCGCAAGCAGGAUUCUACUAUGUGGGUCCUGGGGACCGGGUGCGGUGCUUCUCCUGUGGGGGGGAAUUAGAGAAGUGGGAGAGAUGGGAUGUACCCCUCACCCGGCACCAACACUCUUUCCCUCACUGCCCCUAUAUGCAGAAGCUGAGAGACGAGGGGGAUGGGAAAGAGAAUCAGUCCAAGGUGUGCGCAGGAAUCAUUAAAGAAGGGGAAAGUGGGACAACAGUGCCCCUCAGCAGCUCCAGUAACCUGGAGGAGAAACCCUGUGGGUACAUGAGUGAUGAAUACAGCAGGUUAGAAUCCUACAGGGGGCACGGUCAGCAUUUUAUAUAUUGGAACCAACAGGGCUUGGCUAAGGCAGGUUUCUACUAUGUGGGGCCCAAGGACCGGGUGCGAUGUUAUUCCUGUGGGGGGGAGUUGGAGAACUGGAUGUUCUGGUAUGUUCCCCCCACCCAGGACCAACGCUCACCUUCUGACUGCCUACAUCUACAUGAAUUGUUCCUCAGCACUACAUUUAUGGUAGGAAAACAGGUUAUAUUGGGUAUGCUAGACCCCAGCAUCCCACUGCUGAGACCCCUUGGAGAAGUGAGUGAAAUAUGCAUCAGAAUAGAAAGUUAUAAAGUUGCCAAGAAGCAUUUCCCCUAUCAAACUUCUGAUGAAUUGGCUUGGGCAGGGUUCUACUAUGUGGGACCCGGAGACCGUGUGCGGUGCUUCUCCUGUGGGGGAGAAGUGGAUAACUGGGAGCCUGGGGAUGUGCCCCUCACAAGGCACCAACUUUCCUUCCCUCACUGCUCCUAUGUACAGGGCCUUUCCAUCAGACACAGCUACUUUAUGGAAGAAGGAGUUGGACCGGGUUUUUUGGACACCAACAUCCUGGGGAAGAAAGCCCUUGGAGACAUGAGUGAUGAGUACAGCAGGAUACAAAGUUAUCAAGCUGCUAAAGAACAUUUUCCAAAUCAAACCCCUAUUAAAUUGGCCUGGGCAGGAUUCUACUAUGUGGGCCCAAAGGACAAGGUUCGGUGCUUCUCCUGUGGUAGGGAAAUGGAUGAAUGGUGGUCAAGGGAAGAUCCCCUCACUGAGCAUCAUCGCAGGUUCCCCCAGUGUCACUUUAUCCUGGGCAGAAAAGCUGUGAGUAAUGACCCUUAUACAAUGGCUGAGAUGCUAAAAGGCUUAAACAAUCAGCAAUCACAGCCAACUGGGACAGCUGCACCAUCACAGGAUGGACCCGUUUCUCCAGAGGGGAAUCCUCCAGGAGGACUGGAAGAAGGACCUGCUGGAGGGAAAGUAGACGGACCUGCUGGAGGAAUGGCAGAGGGAGAUGCUGGAAGAAAGGAAGAGGGACCUGUUGGAGCAAUGGAAGAGGGAGCUGCUGGAGGAAUGGAAGAGGGAGCUGCUGGAGGAAUGGAAGAGGGAGCUGCUGGAGGAAUGGAAGAGGGAGCUGCUGGAGGAAUGGAAGAGGGAGCUGCUGGAGGAAUGGAAGAGGGAGCUGCUGGAGGAAUGGAAGAGGGAGCUGUUGGAGGAAUGGCAGAGGGAGCUGCUGGAGGAAUGGAAGAGGGAGAAGCUGGAGGAAUGGAAGAGGGAGCUGCUGGAGGAAUGGAAGAGGGAGCUGCUGAAGGAAUGGAAGAGGGAGAAGCUGGAGGAAUGGAAGAGGGGCCUGCUGGAGGAAUAGCAGAGGGAGCGGUUGGAGGAAUGGAAUUAGAAUUGAGAGAACAAGAAGAGGAGCCCUACAGCUGGCCCAAAGCAAGCACAAUGGAAUGCGAGCUCUGUGGGAAGAUCCCUGCUGCAACACCAGCCUUUCCUAUAAUACACAAGAGAAAAUACAGGUUAGAUCUGCCCCAUGGAGGUCUCUUCCACUGUUGUGAGACAGGAAUCAUGUUUCACGUUCCUUCACCUUCUGUCAUUGAAUUUACGCUCAGCUCUUGGAGAGAUUCUGCGCUGCAACGCCGAUAUGAUGCGGUCGGUCCUGUUUUUGAUGUGAAAGUAAUAUCUGGCUUGGUGUCAGCAGUCUAUCUGCCUCACUAUGUGUGUCUGAAAGCUGGAAACAUCGAUGUCAGCCAAUUCAAAAUCGCUCAUUAUAUAGAUGACAAUGUGGUACUGGAAUCACCAACAAGAGUUGAACCUUUUUACACAGUCCUGGAAAAUCCCACCUUCUCCCCAGUGGGGGUGGUUCUAUUAUGGGCAAUGACUGAAAUAUUUAAAGUAAAGACUCGGAUCCAUGGAGUGGUCCAUCUGUAUUGCAGCUACAGAACAGGUUAUACCAUUCACCUCCACUUCAUGCCGCACGACCGCUCAUUACACGAGGCUGUUAAAGAUGAAGAGAAAGAACACGGAUUUCAUUUUAUUAGCAAACCUUAUGGGACCAGCGCGGUGUUUACUGCAACUGACUACACAGUGACGGCACCGGACUAUGCAACAAUAAGACCAGAUAAUAUUCCAAUUCGUUUUAAUGGAGAUUUCUCUGAAAUAUAUAUUCCUUCAUCUAAAAUGGAAGAAGAAAUCGAAAUUUCCUUGAAACCAGGUUCGGAAACAGAAACCAACUCAGUAUGGGGCGCUACAGUGAGGAGAGAGGAUCUUGGUUCAAGGUCACAGGAGGCUUCUGGCAGGAAGCACUUUAUAGAUAGUAACCGUUCAGCUUUGAUUGACAGAAUGUCCGUCCCUACCAUUAAUGCUGUUCUGGAUGAGCUACUGAGCGAGGAGAUCCUGAAUGAUGAGCAGUACAGCUCUGUGAGGAGCAAGAAACUCUCCCAGGAGAAGAUGAGGGAGCUUUAUAGCUAUGCCAAGUCCUGGAGGCACCAGGAUAAGGACAUGUUCUUUUCCCUUCUGUUAAAACACAAUAACUCGCUUGUCAUGGAUCUCAUGAAAUACUAGAGGAUUGCCCUCAGCCCUUCAGCAGUUGGAUUCAAGACUGGAAGAAUGCCUUCAGCACCUCAGGAGUUUGAUUCAAUACUAGAAGAAUGCCCUCAGCCCUUCAGGAGUUGGAUUCAAGACUAGAAGAAUGCCCUCAGUCCUUCAGGAGUUGGAUU